GUUUUCACCCCUUGGGCUUGGGUAUUCUGAAGUCGCAUGGAUUAGCCUAUGCGAAGUCCAGGAACAGCCCUUGUGUACAAGUUGGCCGAUCAGGUUCUCAAGCAGAAAGGCCUCGGUAGAUCACGGGAAGUGACUCGGUGCAAAGACUCGACUCCUUUUUUUGCGACGCACAAAAGGCGGAAGCCGAGGAAGGAGAGAGCCAUUUUACCACAGGAGAAUGCAGCGAGCCAUCGGAAGUCUUCGUCUUCUACUAACUUCGAGUUUACUUGCAAAGAUAGAACAAGGGGGCGGCUGGCCGGCCCCAUGGUCUGACCAUACAACACCAGUUAGUCGUGGGCUUUCCUGAGGAAGAUUGCGUUUCCGUGUGUAAUGCUCCUAUGCCAUCACUAAUCACUAGCAGACGCCACUCCGCGGGUCCUGAAAAAGUCACAUCUACACCCCAUAUGGUCCGCUCUUUUGAAUUUCAUAACGUGGUAAUCAACCGGUGUACAGCUUGGGAGGUCGGC